AUGGCAAUCAAAUUUAUAAUGUGCCUGAAUAAACAGGGCGCCCUCCGACUGAUCAGACUUUUUGAGCCGUUUUCCGGAGAUGCCGUUAAUCAUCAGUCGACCAUCGCGCAAAUAUACAAACUGAUCUCCUCCAGAGACCAUAGACACCAAAGCAACUUUGUAGAGUUUUCGGAUUCGACUAAACUGGUUUACAAAAGGUACGCGGGUCUCUAUUUUGUGCUUGGGGUAGAGCCAGAGGACGAAGAACUUAUAUACCUCUCACACAUACAUCUUUUCGUUGAGGUGCUGGAUGCCUUUUUUGGCAAUGUUUGUGAGCUGGACCUCGUUUUCAACUUCCAAAAGGCAUAUAUGAUCCUCGAUGAGAUUCUUAUCGGCGGUGAGAUUCAGGAAACAUCGAAAGAAGUGCUGCUGGAGCGCGUCAACUACUUGGAUAGGCUUAGUUAA